AUGUCUAUUGAAAAGCUCUCCGAGGCCCUUCCCUCAGAAUUAAAAGAAUACGUUGGUUCUGAAGAAUCACUUUCUCUGCAAAAAGAGACCUCAAUACAAGAGCAAGUUGACGCCUUGGCUGAAGAACAUGGUAUAAAUCAAAAGAAGCUUAUGUGGAAGAUCGAUCUUUGGGUCGUUCCCCCCUUCUGUUUGUUAUAUUUUCUUUCAUUCCUUGAUCGUGUGAACAUUGGUAAUGCUAAUCUUUACGGAAUGUCAACAGACUUGAAUUUAGUUGGAAACCAAUAUAACAUUGCUUUGCUUGUAUUCUUCUUACCCUACGUCUUCUUUGAAGUUGCUGCAAAUUACUUAAUGAAGAUUAUUUCACCACAUAUUUUGUUAUCCGCUGUCGUUUUGGUAUUUGGUGCUCUAUCUAUCGGUGUUGGGUUUGUCCAAACCUUUGGUGGGUUAGUUGCUUGUCGUUUCUUGAUUGGGGUUACAGAAGCUGCCACGUUCCCAUCCAUUUUCUACUUGUUGUCCACAUAUUACUCCAAAGCUGAAGCCCAGAGGAGGUUUUCUGCAUUCUUUUCCUGUACCGUGUUAGCUGGUGCAGCAUCCGGAGCCGUUGCUUUCAGAAUCAACGACAUGGAUGGAGUCCAUGGACUUGCAAGUUGGAGAUGGGUUUUUAUCAUUGAGGGUGCAGUAACUUGUGGAUGCGCAUUUCUCUUAUUCUUCAUAAUUGCUGACUUCCCUGAAGAAGCUAGAUUCUUGAAUGAAAAUGAACGUCUAUUUAUCAAAAGAAAAUUGGAAGUUUUAACCGGGACUACUUCGGCAUUUGAAAUUAAAAACAAGGUUAGUGAUAUUUUGAAAUGUUUCAAAGACUUGUUAAUUUGGUUGCCAGCAUUGUCAUACUUUGGUUUAAUUAUUCCAUCUUACGGAUAUGCUUAUUUCUCACCUGUGAUUAUUAAACAAUUGGGUUAUACUGCUGUUGAAGCUCAGUUACAUUCUGUCUAUCCAUAUAUUUUAGCAUUUGGAGUCAUCAACGGACUAGCAUUUUUAUCCGACUAUACAGGAAAGAGAUUACCAUAUGCGUUAGUAGCUUGUGUCAUGGCUGUAACUGGUCUUGCCUUGGUUUUAGGAGCUACCACCAAUGCGAACGCUCGUUAUACCGGAUGUUUCCUUGCUGUAAGUGGGUUAUAUAGCGCAAUGCCGUUGGUUGUGUGUUGGGCUGCUCUUAACUUUGGUUCCCACAUUCGUAAAUCAGUUGGUACCGCAUGGCAAAUCGGAUUCGGUAAUAUCGGUGGUAUUAUUGCUACUUUCAUUUUUUUAAGUAGUGAUGCUCCGUUCUACAAGAGAGGUUUGGGUACUUCCCUUGGUGGUGUUGUCUUUUCCAUGAUUUGCUCAGUCGCCUACUUUUUCCUUUGUCACAGAAUGAACAAGAUUAAGAAAACUGAAGCUUAUCAACAAGAAUUUGCAGCAAUGUCUGAAAUUGAUCAAAUUAAGGCAGGAGACAGAAAUCCUACUUUUGAAUAUUUAUAUUAA